CGUUGGUGGGAGGCGGCGGGGCCGCAUUCGCCGCCCGUUCGCUGUCGCGUUCACGUCGCUGAGCCCCGGGCUGCGGAGCCGCCGAGCACGGGACGCGGCCCGGAGCUGCGCCGGGACCGACCGCGAGAAGCAGCGCGACGGAACCGGCACGGCCAUGAGGGACGCCCCGAGCUCCGGGUACCUCGUGCACCUCGCGUGGAUGUGCUUCUUCUCCACCGUGCCGCACGGCGGGGCCAAGGUGCUGGAGAGAACCUUCGAGGAGUGGAUGCGGUACCGGGAUGAGUGUCUGCGGAGGAUGGCGAGCGAGCCCUACCCCGCGGGGCUGUUCUGCAACCGCACGUUUGACAUGUACGCCUGCUGGCCCGAUGGCAGCCCCGGCACCGCCGUCAACGUCUCCUGCCCCUUCUACCUGCCCUGGUUUGAGAAAGUGAAGCACGGCUUGGUGAGCCGGCGCUGCGGUGCUGACGGGCAAUGGGUGAUGGUGAACGGCAGCCAGCCAUGGAGGGACUAUUCACAGUGUGAGGAGGAGCUGGAGGAUGGCGCCGAGGAGGAGGGCGCCCGCAGGCUGAUGGUGAGCUUCAAGGUGCUGUACACCGUGGGCUACGCGCUGUCACUCCUCACCCUCGUCUCCGCUCUGCUCGUUCUCACCGUCUUCAGGAAGCUGCACUGCACCAGGAACUACAUCCACGCCAACCUGUUCGCCUCCUUCGGGCUGAGGGCCACCUCGGUGAUGGUGAAGGACGCGCUGCUGGAGCGGCGCUGGGGCGCGGAGGUGCUGCAGGUGGCCGACUGGCAGGCACUGCUCAGCCACGAGGCAGCACUGGGCUGUCGUGCAGCGCAGGUGCUGAUGCAGUACUGCAUCCUGGCCAACCACUACUGGUUCCUGGUGGAGGCCGUCUACCUCUACAAGCUGCUGAUCGGUGCAGUCUUCUCUGAGAAGAACUACUACCGGCUGUACCUGUACCUGGGCUGGGGGACCCCCGUGGUGUUUGUGGUGCCCUGGAUGGCUGCAAAGUACCUGAAGGAGAAUGCAGAGUGCUGGGCACUGAACGAGAACAUGGCAUACUGGUGGAUCAUCCGCAUCCCCAUCCUGCUCGCCUCCAUGAUCAACCUGCUGAUCUUCAUGAGGAUCCUCAAGGUGAUCUUGGCCAAGUUGCGUGCCAACCAGAAGGGCUAUGCUGACUACAAGCUGCGGCUGGCAAAAGCCACGCUGACACUCAUCCCCCUCUUUGGGAUCCAUGAAGUCGUCUUCAUCUUUGCCACCGAUGAGCAAACCACGGGCAUCCUGCGCUACAUCAAGGUCUUCUUCACCCUCUUCCUCAACUCCUUCCAGGGGUUCCUGGUGGCCGUGCUGUACUGCUUUGCCAACAAGGAGGUGAAGUCAGAGAUGAAGAAGAAGUGGCAGCUGUGGAAGCUCGACCACCCCGCGCUCUGCUGCACGCAGUGAUAGCGGCACCACCGGGCUCUGCUCCGGAUGCUGGAGGGUCUGACCCCAAUGUUCACAGUGGGGGAGCAGCCACCACCAGCCCCACGUGUGUGUGUGUGUGUGCAAAGCUGCAAGGAGCAGACCCAGCUGCAGCACCCUACCUGUGCAGGCAUCCAUGUAGCAGGACAGGAGCACGGCUGUCGCAUCCCAAGCUGUGCCAGCACCACGCUGGGCAUUGCACUCCUGCUCUCCUCACCAGGGCCACCUUGCCACCAUCACAAGACCCCUGCAAGGCAUCCCUGCAGCAAUCCUCUCCACAUCCAGGUGCUGCUGCAGCUGUUCACCACCACCUUCCGUCCAGCACACUGCAUGGAGCAGCCCCCUCCCACCCCCCAACCCUCUGGCUCCCAGUGCAGCUCCUGCAGCAGCCCAAGCCCUGACACUGCUCAGUGUCCCAGCUGCAUUGGCUGCAGCAGGAGCUGGUGCCCCCAUAAAAGCUGAUUGCAGCAGCAGAAACCACCACCACCCCCCAGCCUCUCACUUUUACCUCCAGUAGCAGAACAGGCGUUUUGCUGAGGCUGCAGCUCCCAUCACACAGUGCUUUGCCUCAUAGAAAAGGCUGCUCCUUUUCUCCAGCAGCAGGGAGGCUGCAGCUCUUACACCCUGCUCCAUGCAGGUGAAUACAGGUGGUUCUCCAUUGCUGUGAGUGUGGCCCUCCCAGCCCCUGCUGCCUCACUUUCUGAGCCUCUGAUAAAUGCAGAGGUUGGAGGAGGCUGCACCGGGCUCCAUUGACUGAGUUGGAGUCGAAGCAGGUUUGCUGGACAGACGUAUAACCCCUGUCAGACCAUUUUGCACACUGACUCUUUUCAGAUGUAAAUAAACGUUUAUUUUUCAGCAAG